AUGCUCGCUUCGGGAGCAUGGGGAGAAUCGCAGAAGGGGCAACGGGGCUUCGGCGGAGGCGCACUCCCGUGCGCGACCACGGCGGAGGGCGCCGUGCUGCGCGGUGAGGAGGCGGGCGGGGCCAGCGGGAUGGGGACCCCCGAGCGCAUGGAGCCCUUCGACGCCGCCACGCGCCUCACAGACCUGGCGGCCAGCUUCGGGUCUCCUGUGGACGUGCUGGCGUACGCCAACCGCCACGCCUUCGACCACGUGCCCGCCUGGGUGCGCGAGCAGCGGAGGGAGCGGCGCGAGGCGGAGCGCAUGGCGGCGCGCGGGGAGGUGGAGGAGCAGGAGGUGCGGUGCGAGCUGUGCGGACGGCGGUGCAGCGGGGCGGCAGCACUGAGGAAGCACUUUGUGUCGCUGCACCAGAGGGAGCAUGAGAAGCGCAUGCAGCACCUCAACCACGCCAGCCCCAAGCGGAAGCGGCGGCUGAGGGAGGUGUACCGGGGCAAGCAGCAGCGGUACCAGCAGGCGGUGAGGGGCGUGCUGCUGCCUCGCCGCGGCUACGGGCUCAUGCCCGAGCUGCGCCGCGCUGGGGUCGUCGUGCGCCUCGUCAGCCAGCAGUCGCAGGCGGCGGACGAGGCGUUGAAGAGGGACAUGGCGGCGGCGGUGCGCAGUGGGCAGGUGGGCGCGGUGCUGGUGGUGUCGGACGACCGCGGCUACUCCCGCGCCCUCGGCGCCGCCGCUGCUGCCGGCCUCACCACCGUCGCCGUCGGCAUCAACGGGGCUGUGGCGCUCGCCAGGGGGGAGGCAGACGGGAUGGCGGGCUGGUGGGGAUGGGACAGGUGGCACGAGGAGGAGGGGGAGCGCAUGAUGGAAGGGCAUGCGUGGGGGGGUGAUGAUGAGGGGGGAGCGGCGGUAGAGGAGAGGGUGGAGCGAGGGAGUGGGCGUGGCAGUGGGGCGAGGGGAGGGCUGCUUAACGUGGCGGAUGUGGGGCGCCGGGGGGUGGCGAUGGACGGUAGCGAGCAGCGGUGGAGCCAUGAUGGUGUGCAUGGGGGGCAGGGCGAGGGGAGGUAUGGGAUGAGAGGGGUGGCUGGUGGGGUGGAGGAUGAGGGAGGGGAGUGGGACGAUGGGGAGGAGUGGGUGGAGGAGGAGUGGGAUGAGGAUGAGUGGGAGAGCGAAGGGGAGGAGGAUGACAGAGCUGAUGGAGACAAGGGCUUCUCCCAUCGAGUGUUUGGGAGCGCUGGCAACGUGGCGCGGCAACGCGUGAACCCGUGA